GAGAGAUGAGCACCUCACACUCGGAUAUGCCCAGUGCAGGCUACAUGUCUAUGGCAGUACACCAUGGUCCAGCAUCCACUCAUCCGACUCCCAUCCACACUCACAGUUAUUCUGAACCCGUUCAUUCCACACACUUGCCAACUGUCAAGGAGGGAGGCAGCAACGAGGGUUACCUGCCGAUGGAUGUAUCCAGCAGUCCAGGAAGUUCUGGUAUACUGAAGCCGGAGCCUGCUGUCUGCAUGUUAUCUGACGACACUUCUGGCUUGCCACCCCGGACUUACUCCCUCGGCAGCAAACCGACCCAGAAGUUAUCCAGCUACAUUGACAUGAGCGGCAAGAAAGGAGCAGGCAAUGACAUGUCUAGAGCUACCAGUGCCCCACAUAUUCUUAAAGGACGGAGAGAGAGAGACCACAGGACAGCGUCUCCCACUCCCAACACCAGCCCACUGAGCGUAUCACUGAAGUCUGAUGAUUCGGAUUCUUUCAUGGAUUACAUGCCCAUGCGACCCAGGACUUCUAGUGACAGCUUCAACUAUCGAAACAGGACCUCAAGUUUUGGCAAGAACCAGCAGAAUUGUCGGCCUCGCUCCUCCAGCCAUGGGCAGGGCACUCGUCCAGUUAUCAGUUUUAACAAGCUGAAUGUAGAUAAGUCAAGGCCGUUUCAUGAAGCUUCGCAGAGAACAUCACAGGGGUCAUCUUUGCAAGGGUCAUCUUUGCAAGGGUCAUUUGAUUCUCUCCGUGUCUCUAAUGAAAGUUUACGGAGACUUUCCCAAGAGAUGAGGCAGACGAGUGGGUCAAAUGCUAGCGAUUAUGCGGAAAUGAGAGGGACACCCUCACCGCAGAUGAAAAGCAUGAAACAUGAAUCUGAUCACUAUUUCAGCAUGCAGGCUGGGACUGGAGGCAGGAGGUCACCUCAUAGGGUCAGAACAGAUUCCAGCAGCAGUGGACGUUAUCCAGACGGAAAGACCAGCAGUUCAGACCAUUUACACCAGGCACAGCUGCACCAGCAGGCACAGCUGCAUCAGCAGCACCAGCAGGGACAGCUGCAUCACCAGCAGGCACAGUUGCACCAGCAGGCACAGCACCUGUCACAAACACAGCACAGUUCUGAUUACACACAGAUGGCACCUCUCAAUGCUGUGACUAGCGCUGCGGAAGACUCCUACUUUAACAUGAGCCUCAGCACACGGCACGGCUCAAGCACUGAUCCUAGAUCCUCAGCUUCCACUUCUAUGGUAGGCUCUUCCCACCAGGAAGAUCCUCGGUAUCUGAACAUGAAUUUGGAUAAUAAAAACAAAAGAUCCGAUGGAAGUAGAUCAUUAUCCAUGGAGAAUGUAGACACCUAUAUUGUGUUUGAACCUCAGAGUGGAAACAAACCUAGAACUGGGUCCUUAGGUUCAAAAGAUAAAAUGGUUUCACAACCAGUUUCAGCUAGGAAGUCAUCUUCUACUUCAGUCUCAUCAGCUUCAUCGCCGUCAUCCUCAGGAAUAAUUUAUCAGCCAAAUCAUCCUUUUGUGUCAUCAUCAUCUCGUACAGGUGGCAGUAGUGAUUCCAUUCGGAAAGCAUCCCGCCAGUCAUCAAUGGAGAAGUAUGGUAGCCUUAGCAAGGAUUUUCGGAAGAAGAGUGGCUCUACAGGUAGUAGACCUAGCACAGGAAAGAACUCUUUCAUGAUGAACUUUGGGAAGGAUCAUCAAACGUCCACUGUUAGCGCCGCCAACCCUACUUUAAAGCUGUUGCCAUCAAAAGCGCCUCCCUGUAAUCCUGAAGAUGAUGAAUACAUCGAGGUUUCCCCAACUGCCACCAGAGGGAGCAAUCACCAUCACCAAUACCAUGGUAGCUCCCCAGGCUUUGGACCGUCCCAUUCCAGUGUGUCGGUCUCAACCUCAGGCUCCCGAAGUAGUGAGAGCUUUAGCUCUACCAGAUCCAACCUCACGCCCUCUCCAGCAGAGGAUGAACCUUACACCCUCUACAGCCCUGCUGCUUCGUCUUCAACUAAAUCUGUACACUUUCAACAGAAGGAGCAGCAUGUUCAUCAUCAUCAUUCCUCGCAGGGAAAGCAGGGAACACCCCCGUCCUUUACUUCACCACAGACGAAACAGUUUGCUCCAAAAGCUGCAGAUGAAUACGUUGGUUUUGAGCCAGGAGUUAUACCUUAUUCAACCUCUGCUUCCUCACAUGCGUUCAAUAAUGUCAAACAAGUUGAAGCCAAAGAUCGGCCUCAGUAUGUAGGAUUUGAACCAGGUGUCAGACCCUUGCCUUCAACACAACACCAGACCUCUAUACCAAAGGACCCAGAGGAGUAUGUGGGAUACGAACCUGGCACAGUCUCUAAUAGGUCAGAAAAGCCAAUAGCCAUGAAUUCUGUUAUGUCUUAUUACCAGGGUUAUGAGAACGGCAUGCUAGCAGGACCCAGCAAGUCGAGACAGCAAAGACAUAACCAACAUCGGACAUCCGUGGAAAAUAGCCAUCGUUCAAACAGGAAUGAUUCUCGUUCUACAGAUAAAAGCCCACGUAUGACCUCAAGUAGUAGCUUAACUUUUGACACUCAGAUUCACUGUGAUAGUUCAGGUUCGGGUGGUGUUUCGCAGACACCCCCUGUGCCACCUCUGUCAACACAUUCAACUCACCAAGUUCACUCAGUGUCCAAACCUGUUGCACAGGAUGCUAAUAGUGACUAUGUCAAAAUCAAUCCAGCUAAUUCUGCUGCUUCUAAAGUUUCUCAAGAGAACACCAGCACAGGUCUAGGUACCACUGGGAAUGCCACACAGAACAGUGCCAGACAGCAGUUGUCACAGCCGUUUAUGGAUAUUCAUGAAGAAUAUGAGAUUGCCGCUGAAGUCGCAAUUGGUGGUAGUAAUCCUGGGGAUGACAAGCUGUCAGUACGUCAGUCAGGAAAACUCUCUCAACCACCUCAGGGUUUUCUCCGGCAGCUGUCAGCUCCGGCUAGCCAAGCAUCAUGGAGUAAAAGCCCACAGGGGAUGUUAGAUGUGCAGCCCCUGCAGCCUCUUUUAGUUCAGACUCUAUCUCCUGACAACCCAGCCGGCCACAGACACAAACAUUUGAGUGGUUCAUCUGUCACAGACAGCCCUUCUCCGAAUGGCUCAAGUUCCAGGCAUAAACAUUGGAGUGGGUCUUCAACCUCUUCUCAGAAAUCUCGUAAGGCUUCGUCAGACUCUGAGAAAUCUCUCCGCAAGGGGAAUAAGUCAGAUUCAUCUUCUGGAUCGCUGGGCGGGAAAAGCAGGCGCAGAGCCCCAAGUGGAGAGAAGUCACCUGAAGGUGCAGUGUCUUUAGAAGCAAAGAUGGUCCCCGUCGAGGCGAGGAUCCGUCACAGCCUUGAUGAUGUAACCACUGUCGUGGGCUUGGCCAACAAAGGUAAAAACCAUGGUAUGAUACGGCCAGAUAGCACACCUUGUAUACAAAACCUGGCCACUUGUACAGAUCACGAGAGCCGGUCUUUGGGUGAAACCCCCAGUUCCACUCCUAGGUCUGGAAAUGCACAGUUCUCUUUAGGGCCCAGAAGCCGUCACAGCCUUUCUGAUCUUGGAGCUUAUCAACAGAUGAACUUUGCACCCUCUGGCACUGUUUCUUCCAGCAUCAGUUCACAUAGCAGCCCUGGAAACAAGGGUUCAGGCAGUAGCAAUGGAAUUAAUGAGAACAGCUCUGCUGACCAGUCUAAACCACUGAACUAUCUCAAACUUGAUCUUGGUUGCUGCGACAGUCAAGGUGAUACCGAUGGCAAAUCCUCCAGAAUUAGACAUAGAAACUCCUCGGAUGCUGAUGAGAAACAGAUGCCUUUAUCUUACGCAGAAAUUGAUUUCGUUAAAUCCCAAAGCUGGAAUCGAACUAUGCCCAUGGGAGUCUCAGGCGAAAACUCCUCCUCAAAGUCCUGA